AUGGUAAUGGAGGCGUCCCCGUCCCCCUCCCCGCAGAGCGUCGGCCGCGAGUUCGUCCGUCAAUACUACACUCUGCUCAACAAGGCGCCCGCACACCUGCAUAGAUUCUACAACAACUACUCGUCGUUCGUGCACGGCGGGCUGGAUGCUCCCAACCGCGAGACGCUGCCGGUGGUGGGCCAGAAGCAGAUCCACAACCGCAUCCAGCAGCUCAACUUCCGCGACUGUCACGCCAAGAUCAGCCAGGUGGACGCGCAGGCCACGCUCGGCAACGGGGUCGUCGUGCAGGUCACCGGCGAGCUGUCCAACGCCGGCGCGCCCAUGAGGCGCUUCACGCAGACCUUCGUGCUGGCCGCGCAGUCGCCCAAGAAGUACUACGUGCACAACGACAUCUUCCGCUACCAGGACGUGGUGUUCUCGGACGAGGAGGGCGAGGGCUCCGGCCGCUCGGACGCCGAGGAGGAGGACGCGGCCGCCGGCGGGUACUUCCCCCCCGCCUUCCCGCCGCAGCCCUUCCCCGCGCCGCCGCACGCGCAGCUCGUGUCGCUGCCCGCCUCGCCGCACCUCAACGGACACCCUCACGACGACCCCGCGCGCCACCUCGCGGCCGCGCUGCAGGCCGACCCCUCCGCCAUGUGUCCCGCCGCGCCGGCCGGAGCCCCCUCGACUCUGCGCCCCGUGUCCUCGGCCGGCGCCCCCGCCCCCGCCGCCGCCGCGGUCCCCGAGCGGGAGGAGGACCCGGCCCCGGAGCCCGAGCGCGAGCCGACGCCUCCGCCCCAGCAGCCGACCCCUCAGCCGACGCCUCAACCCGUGGUGACCGCUCCGCCGGAACCCAAGACGUACGCCAACUUGCUCAAGUCCGGGUCGAGUGCUAAUACGACCCGCGGCUCGCCCCCCGCGCCGCCCGCCCCCGCGCCCGCACCCUCUGCCGCGCCGGCGCCCGCCUCGCACGAGCCCCGCGCCCGCCCGCCCCGGAGCGCCCAGCCACAGCAGCAAGCCGGCAGCCAGGAGGGCGGUCGUCGGUACUCGGACGCCCAGCAGUUGUUCCUGGGCAACCUGCCUCACUCGGCCACGGAGGAGAGCCUGCGCGCCAUCUUCUGCCGCUUCGGUCCCGUGGCCGAGCUGCGCGUGCACAGCAAGCCCGCCGCGCCCGGAGCGCCGCGCCACCCCAACUACGGCUUCAUCACCUACGAGACGGCGCAGGCCGCCGCUGACUGUCUGCAGGCCGCCGCCAACGAGCCGCUGUACUUCCCCGGCGAGGGCGGAGAGGGCGGCGAGGGCGCCGGCGUCAAGCUCAACGUGGAGGAGAAGAAGACCCGCGGCCGCGAGCCCCCGCGCCGCCGCCCGCUGUCCUCGCACCGCGCCUCCUUCCAGCCGCGACAGAACUUCCGCCGCUAG